UCAUCUGUUAUCGCGCACCAUUCCUCGAGUCCUCCACGCGGCGUACUCCUACCACGCAGACCGCGCGGCCGACUUGCUAUGUCAGCCGCGGCCAAGCUCACCAAAAAGCAGAGAAAGGCCCUUGCAUUCCGCGAACGCAAAGGCAAGGGCAAAGCGAAGGCCUCUGAGGACGAUGUCGACAAUGAUAUCCCUGUCAUGGAAGACCAGGAUCUUGCUGAAGCUGAAGUGGAAAGUGCUCGUGUGGAGAGUCAAGAGGCAAGUCGGCUCAAAGACAGGGGCCGUCCGCAAAUGGUGGAAGGGAAGAAGAGGACACGGGACGCAGACGAGUUGGGCGACCAUGAUGGGGAGAAGACAAAACCGAAGAAGCGGAAGACAGAGUCAAAACAGGCAGGGUCUAUUGUGGCUGAGGGGUAUGGAGGAGAGGCGACAGAAAAGGAGAGUACAGAAGGGGGGAAGAAAGACAAGCAGCAGCGGUUUAUUCUCUUCAUCGGUACGUUCGUUGGAUCAUACCACUAAUCAUCAUACCAUAAUAUCGACUCCACAUAGGCAAUCUAAAAUAUGCCACAAGCAAAGAGGCUAUACAAGCACACUUCGCUCAGUGUAGUGAGUAUA